AAUUAACUAAAUGCACUGCAGUACAUUGAUAUUACAGCUAAAACUAAGCUGGCAACUACUUAGUGCUAGGUGCAGAGUUGGGAUAGAAUUUGUAAUUAUGAGAGUCAGUUAAUAGCUAGCAUAAAUAGGUGAGAGAAAAAGAUAUUUUGGGUGUAAUUUUCAUUCUUAUUGAUCAGUUGUAAUGUAGUACAGUUUCAGUUUCUUCCUCAUCUUCUCCAUUCUGUUUCUCACUUCGUUAUCAAUUCAGUUGCACCAUAGAAUAGCAGCUAAGAAUUUAACAUGGUAUCAAAGCCAUGAGUGUGUGGAUCUAACAGAUUUCAAUAUUGGUUGAUGCGAAAUCAACAAAUCUCUUCGUAAUUUUUUGUUCGCACAGCUGCAAUUUAAAGAUCGAGUUGCAGAGGAUUCAUGGCAGAAUCGCCAUCGCAAGCUCCUCGGAGUGUUAAUACUUUGAGUUAUAACCACCCACUGUAUCUCGGAGCUUUGGAUACUCCCCAAGCAGUCCAAGUGGGGAUGCAGCUUACAGGAAUGAAAAAUCAUGCUUUAUGGAGUUGUGCAAUGAAAUUGUGGCUACUUGUGAAGAAUAAACAAGGUUUUAUCGAUGGAACAGUAAAAUAAGAAGAUUAUACUGAGGAGAUGGCUGAACAAUGGGAUUGAUGCAAUGCAAUGGUCCCUUCAUGGCUAACCAGCAAUGUAAGUAAGCAUCUUCUAAGUGGAAUUCUAUUUUGCUCAAAUGCAUUUCAAGUAUGGAUGGAUCUAAAGGAGCGGGUUGAUAAGGUAGAUCUCACUAGGAUAUAUCAUUUACAUCGAGAAAUUUGCACUCUUACACAAGGUGUUUCCACUAUAUCCACAUAUUUUUUCAAACUCAAGGACCUUUGGGAUGAAUUUGACUUGAUUGUUUCACCUCUUUCAUGUAAUUGUGACAAGUCCAGGGAUUACACUACACAUCUGUUAAACCAGAGAUUAUUACAGUUUAUCUUAGGUUUCAAUGAAAGUUAUAGCCAGGCUCGGAGUUAAAUUCUUAUGAUGAUUUCCACUCCUACCGUUAAUCAAGCUUACGCUAUGUUAAUUCAAGAUGAGAGUCAAAAGGCUGCAGCUGCAGGUAGCUACCUAGGAGGGGAAUGUAUUGAACCAACUACUUUAUUUUCUCGUAAUAAGAGUGGUGAUUCUGGUUUUGAUGGUAGAACAAAUGGUCCAGGAUAUGGAAGAGGAACUAAUCAUGGAUAUGGUGGAGGAAUUUUUGGAAGAGGUGGUGGUAACAACAACAACACCAGUUAUGGUCGAAGAGGUAGCUCCACAUAUGAAAACAAAUAUUCCAAGCAGUAGUCGGACUAUAUUGUGACUUCUGCAACAUAAAAGGACAUACAAAGGAGAUUUGUAACAAAUUACAAACUUGUGAUCACUGUCAUAAAAUUGGUCACACUACUGAUGUUUGUCAACUCAUUGGUUACCCAUCUGAUUAGAAAGGAAAAAAGAAGGCUAAUAUAGCAGUUGGUGAUCAUUUUACUACAGAACUAAGUCAGGAGCAACAAUACCAGGUUAUGCAGUGGUUAAAAAAUUGCAACCUGGGAAAUGUCAGUACUAACUUUAUAGGAAUAAAACAAGAGCAGUAUUGCCAGCUCAUGAACAUCAUAAACAAAUCCAAGGAGGGAGAUGCAAAUAUGAAUAUGACAGGUAAUGUAUUUGCCGACUCUGAACAAAAUUCCAUAAAGUGGAUUAUUGAUAGUGGAGCAACAAAUCAUAUAGUUGGUAAUGAUAAAUUGAUCAAAGAUGGUAUGUCACUUGACAGUCUAGGAGGAGUCCAGCUUCCCAAUGGUGAGUCUGCUGCUGUGUCUCAAAUUGGAAAGUAUGAUAUGUCAAAGGGUGAGUUUGUUAAUGGUGUAUUAUGUGUUCCAGCUUUUAAGUUCAAUUUGUUGUCCAUGUCAAAAUUGACCAAAGAACUCAAAUAUUGUGUCACAUUUUUCCCUGGAUUAAGUAUAUUUCAGGAUCUCUUCACUGGGGAGGUAAAGGAGAUUAGUAAAGAGGAAGAUGGACUCUAUACUUUGUUGUCAAAGAAGAAACAUAUGGAUGGUCUAUCCUUAGCAGCAGUAAAGAGAUUGUCUGGCCAUUUGUUACAUAAAAGAAUGGGACAUGCACCUAUGAUAAAUCCCCUUAUGAGGUACUCUAUGGAAAACCACUUUCUCUACAACACUUAAGAGUUCUUGGAUGCCUUUGUUAUGCAACCAAUCUCAGGCCUAAAGAUAAAUUUUCUCCCAGAGCCAUCAAGUCAGUUCUCAUGGGGUAUGGAGUUGAUUAAAAGGGCUAUCUGUUGUAUGAUUGUGAUGCCAGAACAUUCUUCAUUAGUAGAGAUGUUAUUUUCUUUGAAGAUAUAUUUUCCUUUUCUCAGCAGGAUUCUACAUCUGAUUCUUUUCAAGAUGAUAUGUUUGUUAAAGCUGUAGACCCUCCUAUUAUUCAUGAUUUACCAGUCAAGCAUACUGCACAUGACAUUAGAGACAUAACACCUGAUUCAUAUUCUGUUGUAGAUGCUGCUCCUACAGAUUCUUCUAUAAUUACAGAGGAUGCACUUUCUCUUCCAGCAAAAAAUGUAAUCACUGCUCCUACAUAACCUCCCGAUUCAAAAAGAAGGUCCACUAGAGGUAGCAGAUCUCCUAUAUGGUUGAAGGACUUUAUUACAACAACAAAGUCAACUGGAAAUUGUGUCUACCCUAUCUCAGAUAUCCCUGCAUACAAUCAUUUAUCUACUGCAUACCAAGCCUAUAUUAAUAGUGUAUUAGUGAAAACUGAGCCUCAAAUAUAUGCAGAAGUAGCUGCUCAACCUAAAUGGGUAGAAGCUAUGAAGAUGGAGAUUCAAGCAUUAGAAGAUAACAAUACUUGGGAUAUUGUUUCACUUACUCAAGAAAAAAAAGGCUAUUAGUUGUAAAUGAGUUUACAAGAUUAAGUACAAAGUCAAUGGUGAGGUUGAAAGAUACAAGGCUAGGUUAGUAGCAAAAGGUUAUAAUCAGAAGGAGGGAAUAGAUUACCAAGAAACUUUUUCCCCUGUAGUAAAAAUGGUAACUGUCAGGGCUGUGAUAUCUGUGGCUGCAGCUAAAGGUUGGAAAAUUCAACAAAUGAAUAUUUACAAUGCUUUCUUACAAGGUGACCCAAAUGAAGAAGUGUUUAUGACUUUACCACAAGGUUUUGCUACUAAUAUUGGUGUGCAACCCGUCUGUAAGCUAAGAAAGUCAUUGUAUGGGCUCAAAUAGGCCUCAAGACAGUGGAACAUUAAACUUAUCACUGCACUAACUGGUUUUGGUUUCACACAAAGCCCUUUGGAUCAUUCCUUACCGACCAAAAAAAUGGGAGAUCACACUAUGAUAAUCUUGGUUUAUGUUGACGAUCUCUUAAUCACUGGUAAUGACCCUCAGUUGAUUUUUGUUGCUAAGGAAAUUCUACAAAAAACCUUUCAAAUUAAAGAUUUAGAUGAUCUCUGAUAUUUUUUGGGAAUAGAGUUUGCCAGGAAUGCUGAUGGUAUACUGAUGCACCAGCGGAAAUAUGCCCUGGAACUAAUAUCAGAUGUUGGACUAGCUGGAUCCAAACCUACAGGAUCACCUAUUGAGAUGCAUAACAAACUUAUAUCUACAAAAUAUGAUGCUCAUUUUGGUAUCACUGAUGAUCCACCAGUUCCUGACCCCAGUACCUAUCAAAGAUUAGUAGGUAGACUUCUGUAUUUGACAGUUCCUAGACCUGACCUGUCCUUUGCUGUUCAGAGUCUUAGUCAAUUCAUGCAUUCUCCAAAAAUGUCCUAUAUGAAAGCUGCUAUGAGGGUAGUUAGAUAUGUGAAAUGUGCGCCUGGUCUUGGUCUUCUUAUGGCUGCUUAAUCUAAUGAUACUAUGAUUGCAUUCUGUGAUGCUGAUUGGGCAUCUUGCCUAAAUUUCAGGAAGUCAAUCACUGGUUAUAUGAUCAAACUUGGUUCUUCUUUGAUUUCUUGGAAAUCUAAGAAGCAAUUUAUUGUCUCAAGAAGUUCAACGGAGGCUGAAUAUUGGAGCCUUGCCUCCACUGUCGCUAAGAUUGUAUGGCUUGUUGGUUUAUUCAAAAAGAGUUGGAUGUUAAGGUUCUCUUGCCAGUUCCUAUGUUUUGUGACGGUACGGUAAAUCAGCUCUUCAAAUUGCUGCAAAUCCAGUCUUUCAUGAGCGUACUAAGCAUACUGACAUUGAUUGUCAUUUCAUUAGGGAAAAGGUGCAACAAGGUUUGGUACAACCACAGUAUUUACCUUCUUCAGACCAACCUGCUGGUAUUCUAACAAAGGGGCUUACUAUCCUUCAGCACCUGUAUUUGUUGUCUAAGCUAGGGAUGACGAACAUCUUCAUUUCUCCUAGCUUGAGGGGGC